AAAAAAAAAAAAAAAAAAUGAUUUCAGCAAUAUAUUGGGUUCGUAAAGGUGUAGCAGCAGAAAUACCUGAAAAAUAUGAUCUUGAUGAUAAAGAAUAUGAUAGAAUAAAUCAAUUGGAAGCAAUAACAUUAGAAGAAACGGAGGAAGUUUCUGAAAAAAAUCAGAAUAAAAUGACUGAUGACAAUGAAAUUGAUCCUGAAUUGGCCAUAUAUAAUUUAGAUCAAUAUGACGACGAUGAGGACGAUAAACAACCCAUGUCAUUAUUUGGAAAUAUGAAAGGAUUGGCGUAUUACACUUCAAAUGAAGAUGAUCCGUAUAUAACUCUUAAUGAUGAGGAUGAUGAAAAAGAGGAUGUACGAAUUCUACAAACUGAUAAUAUUUUGGUAGCAGCAAAAACUGAAGAUGAAGUCUCACAAUUGGAAAUUUAUGUUUACGAAGAAGCUGAGGAUAAUCUCUAUGUACAUCAUGAUAUAAUGUUACCAUCCUUUCCUUUAUGUUUGGAAUGGUUGGACUUUAGAUUGGGUAGGAAAGCUGGAACUGAAGGUAGUGGAAAUUAUAUUGCUGUAGGAACAUUUGAUCCAGAGAUUGAAAUUUGGGAUCUCGAUACUAUCGAUUCAAUGUAUCCUGAUGCAAUAUUGGGCAAACAAGAAGGAAAUCAAAAAAAGAAGAAGUCAAAAAAGCUGAAUGCUGAUUUUCAUAUCGAUUCGGUUAUGUCCUUAUCAUGGAAUAAGAAUCAUAGAAAUUUAUUAGCAAGUUCUUCUGCUGACACUACUGUAAAAUUAUGGGACCUUCAAUCUUUAAAAUGUGCGCAUUCUUUUAAUCAUCACAAAGACAAGGUUCAACAAGUUGAAUGGCAUCCAAUAGACUCAACAAUUUUGCUUACAGCUUCUUUCGACAAAAGUGUUGCAGCAUUUGAUAGUCGCGCUCCUACAAGUGUUGCAUUUUGGAAUACUGGUAACGCAGAUCCGGAAUGUAUUAAAUGGGACCCAUUUUCACCACAAUAUUUUUAUGUUAGCUUAGAAUCGGGUUUAGUAUUAUAUUUUGAUGCUAGAAACUUUAAUCAAGCAUCUCCUGUUUUCACUUUACAUGCCCAUGACUCUGCUGUAUCGUCAUUGGAUGUAAGUAGUUCUAUUCAAGGAUGUAUAGUAACGGGAUCUACUGAUAAGUUGGUUAAAGUUUGGGAUGUUAAAGAUAUGAAACCUAAUAUGGUCACAAGUCGAGAUUUGGGAGUGGGUAAAGUUUUUACCACACAAUUUUGUCCAGAUUCACCUUUUCAAUUGGCCGUGGCUGGUUCAGAAGGGAAGGUAUUUAUUUGGGAUUUAUCAAGCAAUGCUGGAAUACGUAAUUCAUUCAAAGGAAGAUGUACUGUUCCAUUUUUAAGCGAAUCGACAAUUAUAGAAAAACCUCCUGUUACAGUAGCAUUAGAUGAAAGCGAACGUGAAGAUGAAGAUGAUGAUGAUGAUGAUGAUACGGAAGAUAUUGAAGAUGAUAGUGGGGAUGAUGUAUAAUAACCAUUAAUAACUAUUUAAUAUAAUUAAUAUAAUUUUUAUAUUAAAUAAAUUAAUAUUUCGCUAUUUAUGAAACAAUAUAUAUAUAUAUAUUUUAACAAAAGAAUUGUAUAUAUAUUCUACCAAUAGCAAUAGGAAGUUAAAAGCUAAUAGAAUCAUUUUAUUAAACAUUAUAAAGAAACCACGUAUUAUACAGUAUUUUUUCAAUAGGAAAAAUAAAACACUGAGAAACCUUCAUAGCUAACUUUUUUUUAAGGUAAUAUAUUUUAUAUAUAUAUUUAUAUAUGAAAACAGAGAAAACUAACAUU